UAAUUGCCGAGGAAACUUUGGCCCCUGUAGCGCGGACGAGGGGAAGUGCAGCAACAGCAGCGGGAGGAGCGGCGACGGCGGCGGCGACCGUGUCUCAAAGCCCGGAUGGACCAGGCAGCCAUUGGGGAAGUGGGCUUGAACGUAACAGGGCUUUCCAUGGAAUCAAAUGGCAAAGUAAAAAGCCAGCAGGAAAGACAUUUCUGUUCCAGGGGAUUCGUUGUGUGACUCAUUGCCGUAACUUGAAAACUCUCAGGAGGACUUUCAUUUUCUUUUAUCUUUUGGGAAGGGGUGUUAAGGCUUACUGGAAGCGUGCAAGUCGAGGAAAGGCGCACAAGCGGAAAAGGAACAGCACAGCUGAGCUACUAGCAACGGGCUAAGCGGCACUGCUAAGUGAAGCUUGGCAGCUGGGGGGGACUCCCUUUGCACACCACGGAGCUUGAAAUUCAGUCGGCGGGCCGGGCUCUGUGCGAAUCCAGGGACUUGCUUCAUGAAUUAUGUCUACCACAAGCAUUGACCCUCAGCGAUCAAAGGGACAAGCAUCUAAAGUGCAAAAUGGUUCAUUGCAUCAGAAGGAGACAGUCCAUGACAAUGACUUUGAGCCGUACCUCACUGGUCAAUCAACUCAGAACAACAGCUACCAGUCCAUCACCGACCCUUACCUGUCCAGUUACUACGCACCCUCCAUCGGCUUUCCAUACCCCCUGAGCGAGGCUCCUUGGUCUACAGGUGGCGACCCUCCAAUUCCAUACCUCACGCCCUACGGACCUUUGAGCAAUGGAGACCAUCAUUUUAUGCCCGACACUAUUUUCGGGCAGCCGGGUGGCCUUGGGAGCAGCAUUUACCCCCACAGGUUUAAUUUUUUCCCCGAAAACCCCGCUUUUUCUGCUUGGGGGACAAGUGGAUCCCAGGGCCAGCAGACUCAAAGUUCAGCCUAUGGUGGCAGCUACAGCUACCCGCCCAGCUCUCUCGGAGGCACUCUUGUGCCUGAUGGUCAGACAGGUUUUCACAGCGACACGCUCAACAAAGCCCCCGGUAUGAACAGCCUGGAGCAGGGCAUGGUGGGUUUGAAGAUUGGGGGUGAUGUCACCGCCCAGGCUUCCGCGGUCAAGGCCGUGGGCUCGGUGAUUGGCGGAGCCGGCGUGGCGGCCUCAGGGAACGGGGCUACGCCCAUCGGAAUGCCACUGCCCAAACCCGCCUCUUGGGCAGCUAUUGCCAGCAAGCCUGCCAAGCCACAGCAGUUGAAAGCUAAGGUAAAGCCGGGACUGGCCAACCCAGGGCCAGCUUUGCCCCCGCCUCCCAUCAAACACAACAUGAACAUUGGCACCUGGGAAAAGGGACCUGGGAACAAAGUGGCCACGACGGUGCUGCAGCAGCAGCAGGCGCCACCUCUUGGUCUGCCUCAUGCCAUGCCCCACCAAGCCCCGAUGCAGCCUCCUCCUCCUCAGUCUCUGGUGCAGCCUCAGAUGCCGCCCAUGUCCUUGCAGCACCAACCGCCCCAUCUACAGCACCAUGCACCACCCCCUCAGCCCUACCAAAACCACACCCAACCCCAGCAAGCCCCAACCCGGUGGGUGGCCCCACGUAACCGCAGCCAAGCCUACGGGCAGGGAGGCCCCAGCCAUGAUGCUAGCGGGAUGAUGGGCAUGCUCGGUAGUGCGAACUGCGGGUCCCAAACCUGUGCCACCCAGGGACCUGGUAGCGAGUCCCACCCGGUGCUGGAGAAGCUUCGUGCCUCCCACAGUUAUAACCCCAAGGACUUUGAAUGGAACCUGAAGAAUGGACGCGUUUUCAUCAUUAAGAGCUACUCUGAGGACGACAUCCAUCGCUCCAUCAAGUACUCCAUCUGGUGCAGCACGGAGCACGGCAACAAGCGACUGGAUUCGGCCUUCCGGGCCAUGAACGGCAAAGGCCCCGUGUAUCUGCUCUUCAGCGUCAACGGCAGCGGCCAUUUUUGCGGCGUGGCAGAGAUGCGUUCGCCGGUGGACUACGGCACCAGCGCCGGCGUUUGGGCGCAGGACAAGUGGAAGGGCAAGUUUGAUGUAGACUGGUUGUUUGUUAAGGACGUGCCUAAUAGCCAGCUACGUCACAUCCGCCUGGAGAACAACGACAACAAGCCAGUGACCAACUCCCGCGACACCCAGGAGGUUCCUCUGGAGAAGGCCAAGCAGGUGCUCAAGAUCAUCGCCACUUACAAACACACCACGUCCAUCUUUGAUGACUUCUCUCACUACGAGAAGAGACAGGAAGAGGAGGAGGAGGUGCGUAAGACUUUUGAACCUGCUCAGAUACAGAGCCGCUCUCGCCUGGAUCAGGAGCGCCAAAACAGGAAAUAAACAAAAGAGGACGUUUAUUUUGGCUUGAUCAAGUUACACUAGGACAUGAUUGAUUUAAGAGACAGAAGAUGAUGAAAUGCAAACAAGCCCUUCAUGUUUUCCUUUCUGGGAAUUCUCUGCCAUCGAUGAAUUUGUCUUUUUUGGCCCAUGUUCCCUCUGCCCCAUACCCAACACUUAUUGUGCAGGGAUUAAGUUGAUUUAGUGUAUCAUGAAUACCUCCACCCACUUUAAUAAUAAUUCUUAUUUUACACUUCUUCACAUCUCCCCAGACUGGUUGAGUUGUGUAUUGCACCAUUAGCUGCGUUAGGGUUUGACUGCAUCUCCGAGAAUAAAUCAGACACUUUACAUAUUUCAGUACAAUCAGAAAUGGCCAUGACCUAAACCUAUUUAUCCACGGGGGGGCAGCAUUGCCAAGUUGUAGAGGUCUCGUGGCAACAAGGUUGGAGUAUCCUCAAGGCAAUGUACUACUUGGAACUGUGCGAUAAUAAAACUUCAAUGAUUUAUUUUUCA